GCACACAUCCGUCAAUUCCACGAAAUAAAAAUGCUUUGGAAAAGAUAGCGGACAGCGUUCCACAUUACGGACCCAAGCGAGGCAUUGAUAUUGAUAACACUCAUUUACAUAACAAGGUAGACUGAUGGGUAGAUGUACACCUCGAUACAGGUAGGCGAUAGAUAUCCAGUAACAUUUACAGCUCGUCUGGCAGGAACAAUAUUAACGAUGCGUAAAAAAACCUUCCUGCUUACUGCGUGUGUUCUAAAAAUAACCUUGUCCUUCGUCCUGGGACAGGAUGGAGGUUUGUGGGACGUGGUUCAAACAAGAGAAAAUCCAUGUCGCGAUACAACAUGUGGGGAGAAACAGGAUGUGUGUGAAUGCUACCUGAUAGUUGAACACCGGCUCACCAUGAUGAUAGAAGAAGAAGGAACUCUAGUGGUGCCUAAAGGAGGUCAGCUUUAUGAUUAUGACAAACCAGGGAGUCCUAUAAUAAAAGCUGAACAGAUACCGUAUAUCUUGACGGCGGAUGGUAACAACUCUCGAUUGGUAAUUACCGUAAAUCGGCGAUUCCCUGGUCCACAGAUCACGGCGUACGAGGACCAGACUUUGAUUAUCCACGUCCGUAACCUGAUGCACACAGAUAGUACUACGGUACACUGGCAUGGUAUGCAUCAACAAGGAUCCACGUUUGCAGACGGCGUUGCUAUGGUGUCUCAAUGUCCCAUAGGGCACGGUCAGGAAUUUACCUACAAAUUCAAGGCCAAACCGCACGGCACCAGCUUCUACCACGCCCAUAUUGGUGAUCAGAGGACUAUGGGGUUGUAUGGAGCUCUAGUCGUGUACCCUAAACAGGAGCUCCCCUCAGCAACAAGACAGGAACAUGUUGUCACUUUGCAGGACUGGAACCACGAGGAUGAUGCAGCAACGUUAUAUCAACGUAUGUUAUAUGGAAUAUACGACCAGGCGAGAAAAACACCAUACAAGACAACGUCCUCCCGGGACGGUGCUAUGUACAGCAGGUACAGGUUCCAUUCCGGACUGGUGAACGGUAAAGGACGUUACUACACGUCACCUAAUGUACAUAACCAGGCUCCUCUGACUGAGUUCGAUGUGGCCCCAAACAGGAACUACACGUUCCGAGUCAUCAGUGCAGCCACCCUCUAUCCCUUCCGUGUGUACGUGGAAGGGCAUCCGACAAUAACUGUCGUUGCUUCUGAUGGAUUUGCAUUGAAACCAAUGGUUGUUGAAUCGUUCAUCAUUAAUCCAGGAGAAAGAUAUGAUUUCAUACUGUUUACAGACAAGCCUAAAGAUAACUAUUUACUGGUUGCACAAACACUGGAGGUAGAACGUGAGAUUACAAGACGUGGUGAAUACCACGUGGCGGAGGCUAUCAUCCAUUACGUCGGUAGAGCCAGAAACCUAAACCUUGCAAAGAGCGGCAAAAAUAUGUGUACAGCGUCAAAGAAAUGUGUGAUAUUCAAUUGUCCUUAUCUUCUUCCUACAUGUGUAAAUGAAAUCUGUAAGACUUUCAAUGACGCGAGAACAGAUGAUUUUAACUCCCGGCCACAAGAUGUCAGGAAUAUCGAUAACGAGCAUUUUUUCAAUUUUGCCUUCCCUGGACCUGGUGGCUUUAUGGAAGGGUCGGUGAAUGGUCGCCAAUUCGUGCCUCCUGUUUCUCCGGUUUACUCACAACCCGAAGAUAUCGAUACUCAGUGCGAUGUGAACUGUGAAGACCGGACGUGCCGAUGCACGUACACUCAAGAAAUAGAAUCCGGAAAAGUGUACCAGUUUACACUGACUAACCUUGGUAAUGGGAAAGGAUGGUCACAUCCGGUACAUUUACAUGGACAUUCAUUUUACGUCAUGAAGAUGGGUUUUGGACAGUACAAUCCUGGUGGUAAUUUGACUGAUUCAACAGCGGAUAUAUCAUGUACACGUGGGUCGAAGGGUUACUGUAACUCUCCGAUAUGGGCUGACGAGACUUGGAAUGGAGGAAACGUACCAGACCUAGUUUUAAACGAUACCGCACAAAAAGACACCAUCCUCGUCCCUACGGAUGGUUACGUCGUCAUCAGAUUCAAGGCAGACAACCCUGGUGCUUGGUUCUUCCAUUGUCACAUCGACCUCCACAACACAAACGGUAUGGGGAUGGUAAUUAUUGAAACUCCAGAGAAAUAUCCUGACGUCCCGAAAAACUUUCCAGUCUGCGGAGUCUUCAAAGAGGAGGAAAAUGACAGCGAGGAUUCGGGACUAGGAUUUGGAGCUGGAAUAGGUGUAGGUAUUGCAAUUAUUUUAGGAGUCGGUUUCCUGAUCGUUGUGGUGGUAUUGAUAGUGGAGAAGUGUAGAGAUUAG